CAAGUUUCCUGAGCUCAUUCUUCGCCAAUUAGUAAUUCAGCAUGGCCAUGGCAGAGCCUCCUUGGCGUUUGCCACAAAAGGCAUUGCUGGCUGCUGCCGCCGGCAUUGCAGGUCUCCCGGUGCUGGCGCUCUAUUUUUGGCAUGGAAAUGGCGGACAUAUGGAACUUUCGGGUUCAUCCGAUGCUGUUGAACUUUGGGGUCAGCCUUCAAAACCUCAAGGUGCUGCUUGCGCAGCACAUCCUGGAUGUGCUGGAUUGGCUGGUGAUUGCUGUCCUACUUGGGAUGGCUUAAACCUUGGUUGUUGCUUUUCGUGGCCGAGCCCUGGUCAGCAAGCAAACCACGGAGAUGGACAAGGGCGGCAGCAAUUCCCGGAACCGACGCAUCAGCCACAGAACAGUUGGGCACCUCAAACUCCUCCACCGCCAACCCCAUACAUCCUGCCGCCAGAUUCACAGCCACAAGCCCAAGAUGCGCACAGUCUUAUGCCCGACCUCUUUACGCCCGAGGAGGCCGAGAGCGCGCUGCGCUACGGGACCUUGCGGGAUCCCUUUUCAGAGCUCCUGCGGCCUGAGACAAUGCAGCCAAUCUACUUAUUGCCGGUGAGCAAUGGUUUCAAGCAGCUCUUUACUUUUUUUGUGUUUGGCUUUGAUCUGAAAUUUCAACCGAAGAAGGGUACUGCAAAAUCCAAAGUGGUAAAGUUCAUCAUCAGCAGCUUUGUGAAGAUGGCAAUGAUUGGCUUGGCCAUUAACUCCAUCAUUCACGAUGUCCAGAGGUUUCAGCGGCGGGAAGAUAUCAACGAGACCAACUACAAUGAUCUCCUUACCUUGAUGGCCGUGUGGUGUACCUCCCCCAACUUCGCUGCUGGCUUGGGGCUUUGGGGCCAGCUUCGUAUUCAAAGCCCAGGGGCUGUCUUUAGAGAUGACAUUGAGACCGCUCGCUACCGACACCUGUGCAUACCUUCGCAAUCAUCGUACUAUGAUGUACGAUUCCCGAUUUUCCCAGGUAGAGCGCGUUGGCUUUCUGUGAUGAAGCAGCUUUAUGCGCUCGUGUUGCUGCCGUAUGUGGUGCCGGCAAUGGUCUUGGAGGUGUUGAUGUCGAUUCUGUUUUGUUAUUGGAUCAUCUUCCAGUCGAGACUUUCCUGUCUCUUCAAAUGCCUGCAAGUGCACGUGUUUAUGUUUGGUUGUAUGUUUGUUUGGCUCCUGACCUUCGGACAUUUUGGCGCCAACGGGAUCGGAAAGUACUGGACAAGUUUGUGGCCAUUUGUGUACAUGUACAUGGUCUACAUCUUCGCAUCGUUCAUUGUGCCUGUUGCCAUGGCAUUCACCUAUGGCAUUCUCAGUGGUUCCGCAUUCCAUCAGAUUUGCAAGGGCAUUGGCUGCUGGGAGACGUCUCAGCGGCGCCAGCCAGGGAAGGUCCACAAAGCAGUCGGCUGGUUGCUCAGACUAUGCAACAGAGAUAGCACAACCUUUUGUGGACAAUGCUUCGCCUCACUGGAGAAAGGGUUUACCUUCUUGAUGCCUCAUCGUGAGCUUCAACUUGAAAAAGGUGACCGAGAUUUGCUGUUGCGUUUGGACGAGCAUCGUUUGACACAAGACUUUCAGUUCAGACCCGACACCGAGACAAGCGAACACAUCGCUCGGCUUCGUUCCCAGCUCGCGAAAUUGCGUGCCAGAUGGAAUGGUGACUCUGAUUCCGAUGGUGCGACCGACGACGAAUAUGCAGAAAGUCCACGGAAAUGCUUCGACGUUAUGGUCGGUGACGAAACCUGUGUGGACGGUGAUAUAAAUGUCGAGAGGGACCCGCGAUUGAAGCACGACAUCGAAAGUGGGCAGGAGGAAUACAAUUUAGAGGACGCAGAGGUUCAGGUGGUGAUGCUCACAAUCAAAGCCAUGGCAGAAGUAGAGACAGCAGCACUAUCAAGAUCACUAAUCGUGAGCUUAAUUUGGCUGGAGUAUCUCCAAGUCUGGCAAGUCCACUUGAAGUUUUGGCUUGAGCAGCUUGCGUUUCAUCAGGAGCGUCAUAUCAAAGACUACAUCAAUCAUGUGAUGAGCCUGGGUGAAGAAAAGCUGGGCUCUGCCUUCAACACUGUGUGGAGCAUUCUCUAAGCGCAUAUCCCAUGCUCUUGGCAAAUGCAUCGUGUCCAGAACCUUCCUUCCAUGGCCCAAGACAGCUGCCUCAAUGGACCCAGCUGGCUCGCAGAACAGAUCAGCCACCAGUCAGUUGUGGCACUGCUUCUUUAGCUUCGCUUCGGCAUUCUACAAAAGAAUGCAAAAGGUAUUUAUCCAAGGGCCAUCGAACAUGCUAAGUUGUGCUGAGGUGAAGAGCCUAAUGCUGUAAUGCACUUUAUUGUUGGAGCGGUAGUGAUGAUAGCGGUGAUGGGGACAUUGGCUGCCA